AUGGCUACCCCUGCUGUUAGUGGUGUGGAAGUGAAGAUUGUUAAUUCCAAUAAAGGCAAAGGUUUGUUUGCUUGUCAAGAAUUCAAGAAAGGAGAUGUUAUCUUUGAAGAAGUUCCAUUGGUCAGUUCCCAGUUCUUGUGGAAUGAAUUCUACAAAUACCAUGCAUGUGAAUUCUGUUUAAAAUCAUUGGAAACAGCAGAGAAAAUGGCCCAACGUCUUGCAUCCAUUCCCACUCUAACACUACCUCAGUCCCAGAAUUGUCUAGUAAGACCUGAAUUUCAAGUCCACUGUCCUCAUUGUCAGGUUACCUACUGUAGUAAGGAGUGUCAGGAGAUGGCUUGGAACCAGUAUCACCGGACUUUGUGUAUGGGACCAUCACGUGGUGAUGAAUCUCAUCCUUUGGGCAUAUUACAAGCAGCAUGGAGAAAUAUUCAUUUUCCACCUGAAUCAUGCAGCAUCAUGUUGCUGACCAAGAUGAUUGCAAUGGUAAAACAGGCAAAUGAUCCAGCUGCUGUACUGAAAACUUUCUCUCAGUUUACAAACUCUACUGUAAAUGAAGAGCAGCAAAUCAUGCAUAAAUUACUUGGAUCAAAAUUUCGUGCCCAGUUGGAAACAUUAAGAUCAUUGGUAAUGCAAACAUUGUAUGAUGAACAAAUUCCACAGUGGUUUACUUCUGAAGGCUUCCAGUCAUUAUUUGCCUUGAUUGGUCGAAAUGGCCAAGGAAUUGGUACAAGUUCAAUCAGUGUUUGGUGCCAGAAUUGUGAUGCUAUGGACUUACCUGAUGAUGAACGUGCUUCACUAGAUGAUUUUAUUGAUCAAUUAUACAUUGAUCUAGAGAAGGAAUCUGGAACAUUUCUUAACUGUGAGGGCUCAGGACUUUAUUCCAUGCAAAGUUGCUGUAAUCACAGCUGUGUGCCUAAUGCUGAAGUGCAGUUUCCUCAUAAUUGUCACAAACUGCAAGUAGUAGCCCUGGAAAAUAUAGCACCUGGAGAGGAAAUCUGUGUGAGUUAUUUGGAUGGCUGCAUGUUAGAGCGAAGUCGACACAGUAGGCAAAAGCAUUUGAGAGAUAAUUAUCUGUUCAAUUGCAUGUGCAGUAAAUGCCAGGCACAAGCAGGAAAUCCAGAUGUCACAUCAAGUGAAGAAGAGGAUGAAGAGGAUAUGGAAGCAGAAGGAACAUAA